AUGCCGUCCAAGCACGAAACCCUACGCUUCCACCCAAAGUUCACGGCGCCAGCCAUCGGCACCAUCCUCCGAACCUCCGACGGCCUCUGCUUUCGCGCCGACACAAACAUACUCGUGGGCAGGUCAAGCUUCUUCCAAGAACUCCUCGCCAGCCCCAACACCAGCCGCGACCCCAACCACAGUCUUCAGAGCCAAAAUCACUCCCUCCUCGUCGUCACUCUCGACAGCGUAGACUCUGUCACCCUCACAUUCGCACUCGAGGCCCUCCACUCACGGGUCCACCGCCUCGCGCCGCCCUUUCCGCCAUACCUCACCGUCCCCUUCCUGGACCAAUGUCUUCUCCUCAAUGACGAGUACGACCUCCCCAUCCUACCAGUGCUGUACCGCUCCCUCGAGCUGCACGCCAAGAACCAGCCGGGAGUGAUCUUCGUCCUCGCCGUCCGCCUGGGUUACGAAGACGCCACCAAGUGGGCGUGUGAGCUGUUCCAGCGCCCAGAGGAAUUCGGCGACUCGUGGUGGUCGUCCAACCUCCACAAAGAAAACCGACCGAUCUUCCUCCUCCUGGUUGAGUGCAUGGUACGGUGGAACCGCGGAUACUCCCAGUUGCUCGAGUUCAUCGCCAUGAACGCCAACUACAGGUUUUCGCCCAAGUGCCAUUCGGACUCCCCCUGCGGUGUUGUGCGCCACUACCGAGCCGACUUUGGACUCUUCCUGGACGAACACCUGCCUUGUCUCUGGCCGCUGAGUCAACGCAGUGAAGCGACCGUAUUUCCUUGGGCGGACACUAGGGAGAGGAUGGAGAUCCCCUGUGCUGCGUGUCGGACACAUCUCGGACAGCUGCUGUUGCGCGCGUGGCGUGCCGGGCACUAUCCGUCCAAGGUCGAGUUCCAGUUCAAAUGA